AUGGUUCAUCAAGCUGAAGCUUCCGCUUCGCAAGCCUCGGCCAAGAAAGACUUCUCCACGACGAUUUUGGAGCGGAAGAAGGCUCCCAAUCGUCUCAUUGUCGACGAAGCAACCAUCGAUGAUAACUCCUCUGUCUCUAUGCACUCCACAACCAUAGAGACAUUGAAGAUUUUCCGCGGGGAUACUAUUCUCAUCAAGGGCAAGAAGAGGAAGGACACAGUCUGCAUUGCCAUUACUGAUGACACAUGUGAGCCGGCAAAGAUCAGGAUGAACAAGGUUGUUAGGUCAAAUCUGAGGGUUAAGCUUGGAGACGUCGUAUCUGUGCACGAUUGCAUGGAUAUUAUGUAUGGGGAGCGUGUCCACAUACUGCCAAUGGAUGACACCAUAGAAGGUGUCACUGGAAAUCUAUAUGAUGCAUACCUGAAACCUUAUUUCUCGGAUAAUUUCCGCCCUGUGAGGAAAGGAGAUCUCUUCCUUGUGAGGGGAGGGAUGAGAAGUGUAGAGUUCAAGGUUGUUGAAACCCACCCAGGGGAGUACUGUGUGGUUGAUCCAGACACUGAAAUCUUCUUUGAAGGGAAGCCGGUGAGGAGGGAGGAUGAAGAAAGGUUGGAUGAGGUUGGUUAUGAUGAUGUUGGUGGUUUUCGGAAACAAAUGGCUCAAAUACGUGAGUUAGUCGAGCUGCCAUUGAGGCAUCCUCAAAUUUUUAAAUCAAUUGGUGUGAAGCCACCCAAAGGAAUUCUACUUUAUGGACCCCCAGGUUCUGGAAAAACUUUAAUAGCCAGGGCUGUUGCUAAUGAAACUGGUGCCUUCUUCUUCUGUAUUAAUGGACCUGAGAUUAUGUCAAAAUUGGCUGGAGAGAGUGAAGGAAAUCUCAGGAAGGCAUUCGAGGAAGCUGAGAAGAAUGCCCCAUCCAUAGUCUUUAUUGAUGAGAUUGAUUCAAUUGCACCUAAACGGGAGAAAACACAUGGCCAAGUUGAAAAGCGUAUUGUUUCACAGCUUUUGACUCUCAUGGAUGGACUGAAAUCCCGGGCUCAUGUUAUUGUUAUUGGAGCUACUAAUCGCCCAAACAGCAUUGACCCAACUUUGAGAAGGUUUGGUCGGUUUGACAGAGAAAUAGACAUUGGUGUUCCAGAUGAAGUUGGCCGUCUUGAAGUUCUUCGCAUUCAUACCAAGAACAUGAAGCUCUCUGAUGAUGUUGAUUUGGAAAGGAUUGCAAAAGAUACUCACGGCUAUGUUGGUGCUGAUCUUGCUGCUCUCUGCACUGAAGCUGCACUUCAGUCUAUUAGAGAAAAGAUGGAUGUGAUAGACUUGGAAGAUGAAGCUAUUGAUGCUGAAGUACUCAAUUCCAUGGCUGUUACUGAUAAGCACUUCAAUACUGCACUGGGAACAACCAACCCAUCUGCUUUGCGGGAAACGGUUGUUGAAGUGCCAAAUGUCAGCUGGGAAGACAUUGGUGGUCUUGAGUAUGUCAAGCGGGAGCUUCAGGAGACUGUUCAAUAUCCUGUGGAGCAUCCAGAGAAGUUUGAGCAAUUUGGUAUGUCGCCUUCCAGAGGGGUACUUUUCUAUGGCCCACCAGGAUGUGGGAAAACUCUACUGGCUAAGGCAAUUGCAAAUGAGUGUCAAGCAAACUUUAUCAGUGUCAAGGGGCCUGAACUGCUCACAAUGUGGUUUGGUGAGAGUGAAGCCAAUGUUCGAGAAAUUUUUGACAAGGCUCGACAGUCAGCACCAUGUGUCCUUUUCUUCGACGAGCUUGACUCCAUUGCUACUCAGAGGGGGAGCAAUCUUGGGGAUGCAGGUGGUGCUGAUCGGGUCCUGAACCAACUCUUGAUUGAGAUGGAUGGCAUGUCAGCAAAAAAGACUGUUUUCAUAAUUGGGGCUACAAACAGACCUGACAUAAUUGACCCAGCACUUUUGCGGCCAGGACGUCUUGAUCAGUUGAUUUAUAUUCCCCUGCCAGAUGAAGACUCUCGGCAUCAGAUUUUUAAGGCCUGCUUAAGAAAAUCUCCAGUUUCUAAGCAUGUGGAUUUGAGGGCCCUCGCCAAGUACACUCAAGGCUUUAGUGGAGCCGAUAUUACGGAAAUAUGCCAGCGAGCAUGCAAGUAUGCCAUAAGAGAGAACAUUGAGAAGGACAUAGAGAAGAAGAGGGGGAGAGAGGAAAAUCCUAAGGCUAUGGAUGAGGACCUUGAGGAAGAGGUUGCAGAGAUUACGGCCUCUCACUUUGAGGAGUCAAUGAAGUAUGCUCGCAGGAGUGUGAGUGAUGCUGACAUACGCAAAUACCAGGCAUUUGCUCAGCAGUCUAGGGGUUUUGGAUCACAAUUCCGGUUUUCCGAGGCAGGACCAGGUGGCUCUGGUUCUAACCCAUUAGGAACUUCUACUAGUGGGCCGGAAGAAGAUGAUCUUUAUAGUUAG